CACAGCACAAUGUGUAAGAUGCGGCGUCGUAUCAGCUAGGGAAGCACUAUUGGGCCGGAGGUGAAAUCCAAUUGCAAUGGGCCUUCCACCAAAUUAAACUCGUUGGCCUGGGUGACGAUUUCUUCGCAUGAGGGAUAGCGUCGAGAAAUAGAAGUUCCGAGUAUCUUCAGAGCUUCACCUCGAAACCACAGUUCCGCAAAAUGGAGGACCCUCCGGCCAUCGCCCAUCCCGCCGAGGAGAGCACCGUCGUCAGUACACCACCGGUAACGAAUUCAGUCCCUCCUACCAGCACAACAAAUCACAAUAGAACAGAUCCCGAAGAAUCCCGACCAGACGUCGCCGACGGCACGCUCGAGAACAGCAGCGGCAGCAGCGAUACGCUGACCAGGGGCUUAUCGACGAUUCUCUCGAACGUGAUAAGGGACUUCGAUUCGCAAGCUCGAACCACGCUCAGUAGCCAAGACCAGCUCAAUUCCUCCCUCGAUCGCCUCACCGGAGAGCUCGAUCGGUUGCUGGAAGACGCGCCAUUGCCGUUCAUAAUGCAGCACGCUGCGAAGAUUUCCGCCGUCCGAAAGAGAGUUUCGUCCCUGAACUCUCUGCUCAGAGCCAUACAGCGGCGCAUUGAUAACAUGGAUCGCGCGCUGUCUAUGGGAAUGCAGCAAGAGAAAACUGGCUCGGGGACUUCCUGACAUUGGAUUGAUUUUUUAUCGAAAGGUACAUAGUCUCUAGUUCAUAGUGAGUCUUGGAACUUUGAUGUGCAUUCUGUCUUCAAGUCUUUUUUGAGAUGGUUUUUUUAUGAUUGUAGUUAUUUCUGGUACAUGAUCAGCUUGAGUUGUUACUUGUUACAAGGAUGAGAGCUGGUUUUAGUUGUAGAGAAUAGAGAUUACCUAUGUGUCCUCAUCAACCUUCGUGAAACGAACUCCUUUGAAUCAGGAAAUAUUCCAAGGAUCAUAGAAUUUAACAUUAGGUAAUACAUACUCUUGCAUGUAAGCUGAUCUCGAAGAAGUCGAACAAUUAACACGCAGGCACUUCUCUUUUCCACUUACUGUAGCUAAGGUAUAACGUAGUCGAGCUGUUGUUUGGCCAGCUAAAGUUCAUCCUUUGCUCUUAGAGUUGGACAUCGAAAUAGGUUGAUUGCAAAUUGUGAAAUCCUUAUGACUGGUGCAAAGCCACUUGACAGAGUUUGUUUACAUUCAUUGAGUAGGCAAUAUGGUUAGAUCGACGCCUGCUUAUGGAAAUGGGAUUAAUAGAGUGCUGGAGCCUUGGAGGCUUUAGUUUUAUGCUAUACAUGCACAAAUACAUAUCUAAUAGCGGUUCCUUCCACUUUAUAAUCUCUCUUGUAGAGUAGCUGUUCCGGUUUUGUUAUUAAAUCAAACUGAAACGGGUCACGGUGCAGAAAUGGAAGCAUUCCUGGCCAAGGUGUUAGAUUUCCUUGUUGUGAAUUAAAGCACCAAACUCGGCUUAUGACCCACGAUUGACAUUUUUCAUUUCCUCCGUCUGAUGUUCGUAAGAUUUUGCUAUACGACGGAGGAAACGAAGAUGCUAACAAUCAUGAAUUACCGACGAGUUUGGUGCUUUAGUUGAUUGGAUUCCGAGUAACAGUGCCCACCGUGAACACAUAUAAACCCCCAUUGAUGUCAUAUCCUGGAUGCCAUUGAGCACACCAAAGAAGUCUAUGGAGAAACUGAAAGAUCAAGUCAGCUUGUGUUUGUUUCCUGUAUUCCCAUUUCCCAGCCUGGCGUUUCAUCGAGCAAGAUACAUCAGACAAAUGCCCUGCUGGAGAGCUUUCUGCACUCGGAUCUUGGAAGCGGGACCUGCAACUUCACAACCAUAAAGUAUAACCCUUUUUUUUUAAAUUCUGCCUGUUUUUAGCUGUUCGUUAACUGGUAAAGACCUGUAGCCAUUAUAGUCCCGAAAUAGACGUUUAGCUCACUGCCUUGAGAUGUAAUCUUGCAUGCUCACCACGGCACCUCUCAACCACAGGUCUCCCCAUGUCCAUUUCACUGUGCUUUGAACCAAGUCGCGGGGAAUAGAAAUUAGACUACACACACAAAAACACUAGACUCCAAGUCAAACCUUCGCCAGAAGACUUGGUACUGGCAAUCCCUGCCGGCAACAGACCGUUCGUUUUUCUACAGCGACGGUCAAGUCUCGAACACAAACAAAAUAGCCGAAGGGCG